CACUUCUGACAGUUUUCUUACUUUCUUUUUUAUAUUUUUAUGUUUUUGGCUUGCUGGAGAGUGAAGAUACAGUGAACAAAGCCAGGGAGGCGUCUCUGCUUCAAAAACCCUACUCUUUACUCUUUCAGUAUUAUUACCUGUUUACCUUUAAACACCAUCAUUAGGGUUCCCGAGUUUAACUCGCCUACCACGCCAUGGACGAGUCACAGGCUGAACUCGUUCAGGACCACCCGAUUGUUUCUUCGGGCUCAACUCCAUCGGCCUCCAACGGAGGGACUCAGCAAACUCCGGAGGAGCUCGUCGCGAGAGCCAUAGCUCCUGUAAAGCGCGAGUUCCUUCGCCCUCCGCCUGUCAGACCCUCUUCUUCAUCUUCUACUACCAAUAAAGACGACGCCGUUACUGAUGCAAAGGAUAAGCCUGCCCAGUCGGCGCUGGAUAAGGAGAAGAAGUCCAAGCGCCAACUCAAACGUGAGCGCCGUCAGCAACAGAAAUCUGCUCUAAGUAUCUGCCCUGAGGUGGCAAGGACAGGAGAUGUUAGUACUUGUCCUUAUAAUGAUAAGUGCCGCUUCAGCCACGAUGUGGAAGCUUUUAUGGCUCUGAAAGCAGAUGAUUUAGAGGGCAAAUGUCCUUUUAUAAGUGAUGAUGAGCCAUGCCCUUAUGGUUUGGCAUGUAGGUUUUCGAAAACACAUCGAAGUGGUGUUUCUGUGGGAAAUGCAAACACUCGUAGAAAAGGCUCGGAGGUGAAUGGAUUGAGCAAAGAUGUUCAGAAGCUUUUAUGGAAAAAUAAAAUGAAGUUUCCGAAGGCAGAUGCCAAACUUAAAGCUCUUGGACUUCUGGGGCCUGCCAAUUCAAAAUCAAAGAAUUUGGUAGAUAAGGAGGUUGAUCAACUUGAUUCAAAUGAUUGUCAUGUUAACAAUGAAAAUGGCUGUGUCGACUUGACAAAUGACAUAGAUGUUAAAGGGGACAUAUCAGCCAAAAUUGAAGAAGAGGAUGCUGUGAAUGAAACAUCAGCAAAUGAUGAACAUCCACCACCUUUGAAGAAACCAAAAUGUGCUACUGAAAAGUGUUGCCCCGGUAGAGCAGAAGAUGAGAGUGUUGGGGAGAAAGUCGUCAGUGACAGCAGUAUAGAACCUGAAAUACAAGUUGCUGCUGAUACUAUACACCCAGAAACUGAGAGAAGCCUAAAAUUGCAUCCGCGUGAAAGAAAGAUUAUUGAUUUCAGAGAAAAGUUGUAUCUUGCACCUCUGACCACUGUUGGGAAUCUUCCUUUCAGAAGGGUUUGUAAAUUCCUAGGAGCAGAUGUAACAUGUGGAGAAAUGGCAAUGUGUACGAAUCUUUUACAGGGUCAAGCAUCAGAAUGGGCAUUGCUGAGACGACAUUCAUCUGAGGAUUUGUUUGGUGUACAAAUAUGUGGGGCAUAUGCAGACACUGUGACACGUGCUGUGGAACUUGUGGAUCAGGAAUGUGUGGUGGAUUUUAUUGAUAUAAACAUGGGGUGCCCAAUCGAUAUUGUUGUAAAUAAGGGUGCAGGAUCAGCUCUUCUUACAAAGCCAAUGCGGAUGAAAGGCAUUAUAGAAGCUGCUUCUGGCACCACGGAUAAACAUUUAACUGUUAAGGUACGGACAGCGUAUUUUGAGGGGAAAAAUCGAGUUCAUUCACUUAUUGCUGACAUUGGCGGUUGGGGAGCCAGUGCAGUAACAAUACAUGGUCGGUCAAGACAGCAACGCUAUAGCAAGCUUGCAGAUUGGGAAUACAUAUAUGAGUGUGCUAGAAAGGCUCCAGAUGCUUUGCAAGUGCUUGGAAAUGGGGACAUCUUUUCAUAUUUAGAUUGGAACAAGCACAAAGCUGACUGUCCUGAGCUUUCUUCAUGUAUGAUUGCUCGAGGAGCAUUAGUUAAGCCUUGGAUAUUUACUGAAAUCAAGGAGCAGCGGCACUGGGACAUCAGUUCAGGGGAGCGUUUAAACAUUUUAAUGGAUUUUGCACGUUUUGGUCUUGAGCAUUGGGGUUCUGACACAAAAGGUGUGGAGACAACCAGGCGUUUCCUGUUGGAAUGGCUCAGCUACACGUGUAGAUACAUUCCUGUUGGCCUUCUAGAUGUCAUCCCACAGCGUCUCAACUGGCGCCCACCCUCCUACUUUGGGCGCGAUGACCUUGAGACACUGAUGGCCUCCGAUUCUGCCGCUGACUGGAUUAGGAUCUCUGAGAUGUUGCUUGGCAAGGUUCCUGAUGGGUUCACCUUUGCACCAAAGCAUAAGUCAAACGCUUAUGACCGAGCUGAAAAUGGCUGAUGUUGCAUGGUUUCGUGGAUGCCUGUGUUCUUGCCUCUUUUUCAAUUAAAUACUCAAUUUGUGGAUGCCAGUACUGGAAUCAGAUGAAGGCAUAUGUGCUUUAUUUACAAAAGAAAAAAAAGAAAAAGAAAAAAAAAAAAAAAGGAAGAAAAAUAGUCAAAGCAAUUCAUGUUUUGAUUGGAUAAAUAAUCCAAUGUAUCAUGCAUUGCACAAUUAUAAUUUAAAAGGUUUCAUAUUUUCCAAAGUAA